CCCUGUACAUGGUCUAAACUUAUGACUGGUAUGAGCCAUGAGCAGGUAUGAGUAAUGCACGCGUCACUAGUAGUAAAAAUGGCGUCGGUGGAUGUAGAGCGUAUCAAGUUGGAAUCUACCCUGCGUAACUUAAAAUUGUCGGGUCACGUUGGAUUCGAUAGCCUCCCCGAUCAAUUAGUAAAUAAAUCCGUUCAGAAUGGAUUUAUAUUUAACAUUCUUUGCAUUGGUGAAACUGGGCUUGGGAAAUCGACCCUCAUGGAUUCUCUUUUUAAUACCAGCUUCGAAUCUACUCCAAGUCCCCAUAAUCUUCCCUCUGUGAAACUCAAAGCCCAUACUUAUGAACUACAAGAGAGCAAUGUUAGAUUGAAGCUUACUAUUGUUGACACAGUUGGCUAUGGGGAUCAAAUUAACAAAGAAGAUAGCUUUAAGGCUGUUGUCGAUUAUAUAGAUGCUCAAUUUGAAGCUUAUUUGCAAGAGGAGUUAAAGAUCAAGAGAUCUUUAGCUACAUAUCAUGAUACUCGCACUCACGUUUGCCUAUAUUUUAUUUGCCCAACAGGACAUGGGUUAAAAUCGAUUGAUCUAGUCUGUAUGAAGAAGCUCGACACAAAAGUUAAUAUCAUUCCUAUUAUUGCCAAAGCUGAUACAAUAUCAAAAACAGAACUACAAAAAUUCAAGACUAAAAUUAUAUCUGAAUUACAAAAUAAUGGGGUACAUAUUUAUCAAUUUCCCACCGACGAUGAGAGUGUAUCUGAAGUAAAUACGACUAUGAAUGCCCAUGUACCUUUUGCAGUAGUUGGUAGUACAGACUUUGUUCGAGUUGGAAAUAAAAUGAUGCGCUCUCGCCAGUAUCCAUGGGGCACAGUACAAGUUGAGAAUGAAGCCCAUUGUGAUUUCGUUAAAUUGCGUGAAAUGUUAAUAAGAACAAACAUGGAAGACAUGAGAGAGAAAACCCACUGCCGUCACUACGAGUUGUAUCGUAAAAAACGAUUAGAACAGAUGGGAUUUAGUGAUGUUGAUAGCGAGAAUAAGCCAGUCAGUUUUCAACAAACCUGUGAAGCAAAGAGAUCUCUUCAUCUACAAGAGCUUCAACAAAAAGAGGAUGAAAUGCGACAGAUGUUUGUCGUACGAGUGAAGGAAAAGGAAGCUGAGUUAAAGGAGGCAGAGAAAGAGCUUCACAUAAAAUUUGAUAAACUGAAGAAAGACCAUACGGAAGAAAAGAAGAAAUUGGAAGAAAGCAGAAAGAAACUUGAGGACGAUAUAUUAGAAUUUAAUAGACGAAAGGCACAGUUCGCUCAGCAACCUCAGCACCACACCUUAACAUUAGGAAAAAACAAGAAGAAAUAAACGACGCCAAAAAACGGUACAAGAUGUAAUACACUCCAUUUCAUACUGCUAUGUAUAACUAUUAUUUCAUAAUCACCUGACAUAGCAUCACUGAGAUUAUGAUUAAAUUAUUAAAUAUCCUCGAAAGUAG